AUGAAACAAAUUUUUCUCAGUUACAUUAUUUAUUAUUUUGUAAUGAGAAAUUAGAAAAAAAACAUUAUUUUAAUUGCAUUACUUUUAAAAUCAGACUGAACAUUUUAAAUUGUUAAAUAAUCUAAUAAUAGAAAAAUACACAGAACUUGCUUAAUGUGUUAGUUGAAUUGCUCAUAACUAGGAUUAUAUAGGUUUGAUGACUCUGUGAAUUUCGUGCCUCCUGAGAACUCCCCUUGACUCUGCGGAAAUGUUCCUUGGGGGGAUGUCAUCAUUGAUAGUUGGUAGUUGUUGUUGACAGAUGGCGGCCUGCUGUCAUAACAAGAGCUCGCUGUAGAUGGCCUGCUGCUUGUAUACUGGGCGAUCUGGGGUAGAUUGGUGUGAGUGUUCACCAAAAGCAAACUCAUCUACAAUUUGCUGAAUCCGGCUCCGAAAUCUAAGCUUUUUUUCUGGGGCAAUUUUUGAAAUGAACGGCAACAGACUUUUAAAAAACAUCAAAUCAUCAUUUUCAGGUUCCUUCUGAAGAGCAUUUUGUAUUGUAGCUAUCUUCUGUUGCUCCAGCUGCAAUAUCUUUUCGUUGUACUGUAAAUUGCCCAUCACUCACUUCCUUUUUUUUUGGCAGACUUGAAAGUUCCUUUGGCUCGUUUGAAACAGCAGAAUGGACGUCCCCCAAGUCACCAGUAAGCGGUUCUUCCCCAGCUAGAGAACUUCAGUUCCGGCUGUGUCUUCAGUUUCCUGAUGAUCAAGGACAAUGUUUUCCUCAUUUUGUUGAUAAUUUUCUUCUUCGUUGACGGAAGGUACUUUUUUUAAGUUGCUUGAAGAUGCUCUAGGUCUAACUACAUCUUUCAAAAAAACCAUAGCUUUGAAGUAAGGCCAUUUAGGUUCACUUUUAUUUUCGGCUGUGUCCCCCGAUCUUGCCGGCUUUAUUUUGCUGCACUCUACGCUAAAUUGAUCCCGCAGGUACUUCCACUUCUUCCGAAGCACAGGUUCUGAAACCAAUUACAGUUUGUUAUAUUGAUAUAAGGAAUUUGUUUCAGGUUUUUGUCAACGGGUAUGUCAUUUCGAGGAUUGGCAUUCUCUUUUAGAAUGGGAAAAUCUACAGUUGCUAAUAUUGUUAAGGAGACAGUUACGGCAAUAUGGGAUGAAUUGCAACCACUUUAUAUGCCUACACCAUCAGAAGAAGAUUUUAGUAAAAUAGCUAAUGAUUUUGCUGAAAUAUGGAACUUCCCACAUGUGAUUGGUUGUCUAGAUGGCAAACAUAUCAGAAUAAAGUGUCCAGAUAAUUCGGCUGCAAUGUUCUUUAAUUAUAGAAAGUUCUUUUUUAUUGUUCUGCAAGGUUUAGUGGAUGCAUCCUACAAAUUUAUAACUGUUGACGUUGGAGGUUACGGAAAGCAAAGUGAUGGUGGAACUUUUCUUGCAUCCAACUUGCACAAAUUCAUUGAAUCUGAAGAUAUAACAUUUCCAGAACCUAAAAUGGUGCCUAAUACAAAUGUCCAAGCUCCUUUUGUGAUGUUGGCUGAUGAAGCAUACCCGCUGCUGCCUCAUUUAAUGACACCUUACAAGAGAAAGAACUUGGACCCCACGAAAAGGAAUUACAAUAAGAGACAUUCAAGAGCUAAAACAGUUGAGUGUGCGUUCGGAAUCCUGUAUGCAAAAUGGAGAAUACUUUCAAAAGUACUAGAUACGGAUGUCGAGUUGACAGAAAUGAUGAUUAAAUGUGUAUGCGUUAUUCACAACACAAUAAUAGAUCGAGAAGGCUUUCAAAGACAUAUGACAGAGGUUGAGGUCCUAGGGGAAUCAUUGGUGUGUCAAAGGGAAGGCAGGCAAUUGGACAACGCAAAGGAAAUCAGAAACACGUUUGCAAAAUUUAUUGAAAAAUAUCCGCUUAUCUACAAACACAAUUAAAAGUGUAAGGUUUUUGUGUCAAUGUAACUGCCUUUUUUAGCAAAACUUUAAUCAAUCAAUCAUGUUCACAUUCAAUCGAUCAAUGUUAAAAGUGUAUUAACUACUGACAUAAAAUGUAUAUAUUAAAAUUUCAAUUGCAACUGAUUGUUUUUAUGAUAUGAAUUAUCCUUGUAAAGACGUAUUUUGUUAGAAACUGAUUUACAAUUAUUUGACAUUAAACUUUAAAAGGGAAACAUUGCCUUAUUUGUUAUGCUUAUUAAAAAAGAAUUCACCUCUU